CGGCGUGUCGUGCCGCCAAGGGAGUGUCGCCGGCCAUCUCGACGCCCUCUCGAACCGCUUGGACUCGCGACGAUUCCGACCGAUUCUCGCCGGCCCACCAUGCUUCGUUCUAUGUUCCUCUUGACGGCUGUGGUCGAGCGCCGGCUGCAUUCGCGAGAUUGCGACGCUGUUCCCUGAUCGGGUGUUCUCGAAGAGUUGCUUGGACGAGACAUCGUUUGGGUUUCCAUGGUAGGAUCGUCGAACGAUACCGAAGUGUAGUUGGUUUUAUUGGCUACGAGAACUCGAACUAGCGGAGUCGUACGUAAAGAGUGACUCGAGGAAAUUAGGAUCGCGAGUGAAAGGAUCCGCGGCUCGUUGAGAAGAUAACACACGGCCAGGGUGUUGCGUGUUCGAAGAACGAUCGGACAGCUUCGAUCUUGGAAGAAUAGAGAGACGUAUCCCGAUUCGGCAUGACGAGACGCACCAGGGGACGGUAGUUCCUGGUUGAUAGGGAUGUCCUCGUGACAUGUUACCCCGUGACCUUGGCUGUCGCGACUACAACGCUGUCGUCCGUGGAGAGGCACGCCUCCUGGCGCACGGAUCGAGCGAGGAUAACGGUCGAUCGGUGUCGUUUCAUCCACGUGGAGUCGAGUACCGCCUGCUGCCCGUGCUGCAGGUGAAACCUGAUUACGCGGUCCCGUAUGUUCUCUGCUGGAGGGUACCCAGCACGACGAUCCACAGGAUCCAGGUCCCGCUACAGCAUCAUCAUCAGCAUCACCGACAACAUCGUUAUCAGCGUCGCCAUCGACAGCGUCGUCGCCGACACUUUCAAGCAACGGCUACGCCUCGAAGACAUCCUGUCCCGUUCUUCGCGGCGUCCAGCUAUCCUUUUCCAUACGCUUGUAGUAGCUCGCAGCGAGGCGAUCUUCCUACAGUAUCUGGUAUGGAAACAAGGUACAAAGCGAAUCGUUGCGUGAGCGGGGGCGGUGGCCGCGGAAACAGUGCGACUGGCGGUACCGGAGGCGGUCUAGGUAACGGAGGCAGCGGCCGCGGGGGCGGCGGGGGCGGUAGCCCCGGUAGGGGCGGCGGCGGAGGCGGAGGAGGCGGCGGCGGAGGCGGCGGAGGAGGCGUUGGAGGAGGCGGAGGUCGCGCCGGAGGAAUAGACGGUGGUGGCGCGGUACCUGCUACGCCACCGACCAUCAGCCGUUACCACCACCGCUACCACCAUCAUCACCAUCACCAUCAUCAUCGUAAUCACGACCACGUCACCACGACCACCACGGCGGACGCCACUACCAUCACUGGCGUCGCCUGGCAUCUCAGGCACAAACUACCCCUUGGAAAACAGUGCCUCGAACAUCGUCUUCAACACCGGCAUCACCAUCGGUCCCCCUAUCGGGCCGUAAACAUGGGCCAAAAGAUUUCAGGCGGUGUGAAAAGCGUGACACGUGAGGCCGCAGCUGGAUCUGUUGGUGGAGUUGGCGUCGGUGGUGGCGGCGUCGUAGCGUACAAACCCGUGGUACCAAGAGAGCUGGCGCAACACUUCGCGAGGCCACCACGGCUCGAUGUCCUGCUCGACAUGCCACCCGCCUCGCGGGAGACGCAGAUUCAUCAUAGCUGGAACGCCAACGACCGUAGCCUCAACAUAUUCGUCAAGGACGAUGACAAAUUAACGUUUCACCGACACCCAGUGGCUCAAAGCACAGAUUGCAUAAGGGGGAGGGUAGGAUACACGAAAGGUAUGCAUGUCUGGGAACUGUUCUGGAGCACGAGGCAAAGAGGCACGCACGCCGUAGUGGGCGUCGCGACGGCAGAGGCACCUCUUCACAGCGUCGGAUACCAGAGCCUGGUUGGUAAUAAUGAACAAAGUUGGGGUUGGGAUCUCGGUAGAAACAAGCUUUUGCACGACUCGAAGAACAAUGCCGGUGUCACGUACCCGGCUCUACUUAAACCCGACGAAACGUUCAUUGUCCCUGACAAAUUUCUGGUGGUCUUGGACAUGGACGAAGGUACGUUAGCUUUUGUCGUGGAUGGUCAAUACCUUGGAGUCGCAUUCAAAGGCCUUAAAGGCAAAAAGCUGCAUCCUAUUGUAUCCGCUGUAUGGGGACACUGUGAGAUCACGAUGAAAUACAUCGGUGGACUUGAUCCUGAACCAUUGCCUUUGAUGGAUCUUUGUCGAAGAGUGAUUCGAAAACGAAUCGGCAAGGAUAAGAUAGACGAGAAAGUGAAUGCGCUGAGCUUGCCGUUAGCGGUGAAGACUUAUCUCCUGUAUCGUGACAGGAGGUAACUACCGAGUGCUGGCUCCGAAACUACUACCACCACGAUUACGACUGUUAACACCACCGCCCUACUGAAUCAUUGCCACCACGACGCACAGGGGAACGCCCGCUACCCCGUCGCAAGCCACCGAACGCACCAGACCAUAAGCCGCUUGUACGAUCCAUGGUGUUUGUAUGCAUGUAAGGAUAAGUCGAGACGAGCACGAUCAACGUGGUCACGUACAUUGUCGUCGUCGUCUUCGUCUUCGUCUACGUCUACGUCUACGUCUACGUCUACGUCUACGUCUACGUCUACGUCUACGUCUACGUCUACGUCCUCGUCUUCGUCUUCGUCUACGUUUACGUCUACGUCUACGUCUACAUCUACGUCAUCCUCAUCGUCAUCGUUGGCAUGAUAUUUGUCACCAUUAUCAUAUGUUCAUCAUUGUCGUUGUCAUAGUCGUUGUUAAUCUGAUCGUUAUCGUUAUUGUCGUUCCCGCAUACAAGCGGACGAAGCUACGUGAAAAAAAAAAAAGAAAAAUCGGACGCGCAGACGGGACACAUACGUGAACCGUAUCAGGUCUAGCGAAUUAUUUAGAUAAUGUUGUUGUCUUGUGUUAACGUCGACAUGAUUAAUAUCGUGACGGAGUUUUUAUUAAUUGUUAAUAAUGAAAAAGUGACGUAAGAUGCAGUUAAAUAGGUUUCCAAGCACACAUCGUUCGACGCUGUUAUUUUUUCAUUUUAUUUUCUUUUUCUUUUCUUUUUUUUUGUAGUCAUUUAAGUUGUCGCGUUACUAGAACGUUCUGCGUCUGACGAAGAAGAUGCAAGGUGAGAAAUCGAGGACCUGAGUGUGAGGAUGAGAACACAUACGCGUGCGGCUCGGUCAAGAGGAAAAAUCAAUAGAGAAAAAUGAUCACAAGGAAAAUAUUUCUUGACACAGUUGGCCAGUAAAACGUUUAGUCGAAUCUAAAGGCUGAUAUGAAUAACGUUUCGGUUAUUAGUCAACGAUGGGUAGCGGGCUCGUUCUAGUCCGGGCACACUGCGCUGAUAGAAAACGAGAAGACGAUGGGAUAGAAACAUACAUUUGCUUCACUACUUGAGUGAAGAUAAAGAAUCGACGAAACUUCAAGUAGAUGUCACUAUACGGAUAGUUGUUGCUCAUGCGACUAUCGAAAAUGAAAAUGUGUUUAUAGUGACGAAAAUGCCAGUCGAUCGAACAGCCACCUUCCAAUAGACUCAUUUUUCAAAUAUUUUCUAAGCAUGCUAGGUCUAAUAAAAUAUAGUGGUGUACAUGGUUCGUGGAUGGACACGAGAAAAACGAAAGAGAAUUUUAAGAGAUAUACAUAUAUAUAUAUAUAUCGCAUAUGCAUAUAUACAUAUACAUAUAUACAUAUACAUAUAUAUAUAUAUAUAUACAUGCGAUUCAAUGAGUAACACGCCUCUGAUUGUUCUAUGUAUUUCAUCUUAUUUUGUUGUUCGUUUAGUUAGAAAAAAGCCCUUAAAGAAAGCAUACGUAUCACAGUUAGAAAUUAUCACUAAAUGACGUUUGAGCGGAACUCCACGAACAAAGGAGCCACGAAAAUUUAUAGCGUUAUACGAACAUCGAUCAUUUGAAGAUGUUUUAACGGAACUGGACGAAGAGAAAAGCGAUAGACAGCAGUAACUUACAGCGAUUAAGUUAAUUAAAGUAAAAAAAAAGCAAGAAGAAAACGAAGAAGAUUAGGUGUACGUAGUUAAACGUUUAGGGCGAGCGAACGAACACGGUCAUAUUACGGCUGAGUAUAUUCCAAACACGAAUUAAAACUGACUGGGAGAGUGAAAAAGAGAGAAAAAGAACUGCUGCGGCACCAGUGUGUGAAUGUUAUGUUUAUGAUACAAUGCAAAUCAUGCCGACGAUCCUGAAAAUAUAAUCACGAUGACGAUGACGGCCAUGAAUGAAUUGCGAUGAUAGUAAAAAAUUCUAUCGGGCGUGUUGCUACCUAUACUAUUAGCAUGACAAAUUAUGACUGGUCCCUAGUAACUCUAAUCUUACGUUUAAUCUUAUGUUUGUCGCUUAAGUUUAAUCAUAAUGUGCCGUUUAUCGGCGAUGUCGAUUUGUACAUAGGAUAUAAUUAUAAUAAUGAUAACAAUAAUAAUAAUAUCUAUCGGUACGACAAUGAAUGUAUUGUGGGUUGUGAUUGUAUCAAAGACCGUAAGGACGAACCGAAUGCGAGAAAGGAAAAGAAAAGAAAAGAAAAGAAAAGAAAAGAAAUGAAAAGAAAAAGAAAAAAAAAAGAAAAGAUAAGCAAAUAUAAGCAGAAUCCUAUCGUAUGAAAAAAAGAAAACGCAGAGGCAAAACUGUCGAUGAAAACAGCGCCCCGUUUUUCUCCUUUUGAUCACGAAAGUACCGUUUUUCUUCUGUUUAUUUUAUUUCCUUAUAUUUCUUUUAAAUUCUUUCGAUUUCUUUACAUUUUCUUUAUACUUUUCACAAACGAAAUAAGAUUUCUUGCUGAUACCACGCAUUGUUGUUCAUUCUCGUCGAAAGCGAGUUCCUUCGUGGAACUCGCGUUACAAGAACGCGUCUUCCAGAUUGUCUGGCCGGACAUGCAGUUACACCUUUCAGAAGAAAAAGACUUCCAUUCUUUUUCUUCUAACAAGGGAAAACUUGUACACCAUAGAUCAUGGCCACAUUUGUUUAACGACCCACCGAGUUCAUCGAUAUAUCGCCAACCGAAGGUUUCAAUGACACGCACGAUCUCGCAAUCGGCAGCCACUGCGUCGUGAUCUUGCGGUCCUCAAUACGCACACCCAAAUCACUGUCUAUUAGAGCAAUGUUCACCCUUACUAUCUUUGCUCGAUUUUCCGCUCGGUCGAGAUCAUUUCUCGAGCUACGGAAAACGCAUCAAGAAAAAUGAAAAAAAAAAAAAGAAACAAAUUUGAAAGAUUCGUGACGAAGGAAAGAAAGGGAAGAAAAGUGAAUGCUCGUCACGAACAUUCGAAAUUAUAGUUAGAGCAAGAUCGCACACCGUGUGUGUCGCGUGUUGUACGAUCGCGCAGCGGUAGAAGAAUUUACCAACAUCAUAGUGACUUGACGUCUUUGCCGUGGACGAGAAAACCUCCGCCCCUUUUGUAAGAACAAGGGGAUGAAAUAAGAUAAAUAACAGGACAGUUAUCUCGAGUGCGGUGUGACCGGAAAUACACACCGUUCGUCGAUAACUUCUGCAACGAUUGUGAGAAUAAAAGACAUGAAAGAAAAUAGAUAAGAGGACGGUUCUCUCGAGCGCGGCGUGGACGUCGGGCGUGUUGUCUCGUAUGCGUGAAACAAAUGUCUCCGGAUGGAAGUAAACAGAGCACACAAAUAGCGAGUAAAACAAAUGAAAUUGUAUAAGGUAAAUCACAUAUAGAAGACAGGAGUCAAAAAGGGAGUCGUCGACAACGCAGAGAAAAAGAGAGAAAGAGAGAGAGAGAGAGAGAGAGAAGAAAAGGAAAGAUUCACACACGCGCAGAGAAAAUAUUUUCUUUUUUCCCAGGAGUAAUACUCUUCUCUGACUUCGUGUUGUACCUAUUCUUUACCAACUAUUUUCCAUAUAAACCAACGGAUGAUUUCGUUUUCUCUUUAUGCGCGUGUCACGCUCCAAGCUAGAGACAGGUCAAAAAAACAGGUACUAGCGUUUAGCCAGAAUGUUGUAUAUAUUAUUGAUUAAUGAUUAAUAUUAAUAUUAUUAUUGUAUCGGCUCGAUAGUUUAAUUGAUUAAUCAAUUAUAUCGUGAUAGUCGGCAUAAUUGUGGAUUCAGUUUUUGUACGGUAGGAAAAACGAUCUACUUAAUGCGAUCGAUCGGUCGACAAGUAUUAGAUUAAAAAACGGGUAGGUAAGUUCUCUUCGGCUCGUAGCUUUGCGCUUACCAUUUAUUACUCAUUUUUACUUUCUUUUCUUUUUCUUUUCAUAUUUCGCGUCCGAGCGGCGAUGCUUUCGGGAUAAAUCACCGAGACUUCCUAUUAUUUAAAUCGCAUCGAAGAUUUAACGAAAGAUUAUGAAUUACACCGAACGAAACAAAGUAAAAAGCAAAGUAACGUGUUUUUAUACCGGCGUGUGCUCGUAUUCUGUCGCAACGCGUUUUCUUCUUGCUUUUUUUUUUACGUAUUUCUUUUAUCGAUAAGCGUAUUUUACAUUAAUUUCUUUUUUCCACGUCCUAAAUUUUAGUCUUCGUAUUUCGACAUUCUUUUCUUUAUGCAUGGUUAUGCAUAUUAGACGAUACCCUACCCCAGGUUGAUCCAAUUUGCUCUUUUUACUUAAUUAAUAUAGUUCGUUUCAAAAUGAAAAUGCAUUAGUCUAAAUCAUUUUAUCUAUAUGCGGCUCGACAUAAGGAUUGAUCGAUCGAUCCAAUGACCCAAUGGAAUAAUUUUCCUUUCAGUAUGCGUUAAACUUUACCCGUUUAAUUCACAAAUAGGACUUCCGUUGAUGUUUUAUCAACUCAGAUGAUCGAAUUCAAGAACAAACAAAAUAAUUAUCGAUGAUUUGCGCGAAAACCUGAUAGCUCGAUCGAUCGAUCGUCCAAUGGAAUAUCUUCACGAUCGAUAAAGCAAACACGGUAACGUUCUAUUCAUUUCCGCUGUCGUCGCGGAGGAUGUUUGAGGAUUACGAGACAGAGGAAAAUACAAAACAAGAAAACACACGAAAAGCGUGGGUGUUUCGAAAUAUUUUUCGUCAACUGCCUGCUGCCUGCCUGUGCAAACUACGUUGCCUCGACAAAUAUGUCUAAUUUAUUGACGAAACGAUAAUUAGAAGGACAUUUAAGCUGCGUGCGUGUAAGUGAUAGCCGACAAAAUAAGAUGCUGUGUAUGUGUGUACGCGUGUGCGUGUACUUUCGGCCGAGAAUGAGUGUGAAUGAAACGAGUGAACUGAAGGAUGUGUGAGAAUAAAUGAAUGAAAGAAAGCCGGAACAAGGAAUAAGCGCGCAUCUGGUACCGGGUGGUCUUCGACGGAAUAUUCGUUUCUUUCCCGUUCUAUCUGUACGUUGGCGAAAAAAAAAAAAAAGAAAACAAUUUUAAUGGGCAAUCAACAAAUUUAUCCAAGUCUCGGAAAUAUCGAAAUAAUCGCAACUGAAAUGAAGUUGAUUGUAUGGAAAAGGCGAAAGAACGCGAUAUGUACAAAGACCACUUCCGGCCCGAUUUACAAGCCUGUUUCACAUAAUGUUCUUUUCUCAUGUGUUCUUUUUUUUUCCUUUGAAGCCUGAACUAUUGCAACGAGCGAUCUCACGUCUAUUUAAGCAUAAGUUUACGAGUUUAGCAUGGUAUUGCUGUAUAGUGGCGAGUGAACGCGAAGAAUUUAUAAAUAUGUAAUGCCUUAAUGUUAUAUAACGAUAAUAAUGGAAUAACGUUACUGUAUAAUUAGUGACGCGCAAGGAGUACUGGGAGAAACAAUGAUCGUGACAGUUAGAUAGAUCGAAAGGGUGGGUGGUAAGAAAAAAAAAAAAUGACGAACGAACGAGCAAACAUAAAAAAAGAAUAUGUGUAACAGACAAAAUAACAAAGAGGAGUGUAGUACGUGCGGCCGUUUGUCUCCAUUCUGUUCGUGAUUUGAUAUUUUUUUAUAAUUCCGACGACGAGGGCGAACGAUAUUAGAGAGAAAGAGAGAGGGAGUGAGUAUAAAUGGAGCGUGUAUAGAGAACGGACUGCUAUCUAAAAUAGUUCAGGCUAGAUGUCGAUGUUUGUAGCAGAUAAAGAACAAAAAAAAAAACACAACACAGCAUAUUGUAAUUAAAAUUAAAAGUCAUUAAUACCG